UCCUUCUGUUCAGUGAAUUUCGGUCGCAAUGAAGUAUUCGGCCGUUUUUCUAGUCUCGGUUCUUUCCGCUCUCAGCUGCAUACAAGCUCAGCAUGAUCCCCACUUCUGGACCGGUCACAGCACCAUUGUUCAUCUUUUCGAGUGGAAAUUUUCCGACAUUGCCCAGGAAUGUGAGCGAUGGUUGGGACCUCGCGGUUUCGGCGGUAUUCAGCUUUCACCAGUCAAUGAGAACGUGAUCGUUGAACCGCCGGCAAGUGAUAGCAAUCGACCCUGGUGGGAACGUUAUCAGCCAGUGUCGUACCAGUUGACAACCAGGUCCGGUACCGAGGCAGAUUUCCUGGAUAUGUCCCGACGGUGCAAUGCCGUUGGCGUGCGGCUGUAUGUUGACAUCAUUCCUAACCACAUGGCGGCUCAUCCGGCUGACGGCAGUGUUGGUUAUGGUACAGGGGGAUCGACUGCGGUUCCACGCGAUCGUGAUUUUCCAGCGGUUCCCUACACACUGUCCGAUUUCAACCCAUCCUGCGAGAUUACCGACUGGAAUGAUCGGGUGAUGAUUCGAAACUGUGAACUUUUUGGAUUGCCAGAUUUGAAUCAGGGCCUUGAUUCGGUUCGGGACAAAUUGGUAGCGUUCAUGGAUCAUCUGAUCGAUCUGGGUGUAGCUGGAUUCCGGGUGGAUGCUGCUAAACAUAUGUGGCCUCAGGAUUUGGAAGUUAUCUACGGACGGUUGAAGAAUCUGAAUACUGAUUUUGGGUUCCCGGCUGGAGCACGGGCUUUCAUGAUGCAAGAAGUGAUCGACAAUGGCGAUCAUGAAGUGGUUCGGAAGUACGAAUACAGCCACCUGGGAACGGUGACGGAGUUUAUGUUUUCAUUCUACUUGGGUCGAGCGUUCCGCGGAAAUGACGACCUCGUAUGGUUGGAAUCGUUUGGGGAAGCUUGGGGGCUCCUUCCGUCACGUGAUGCUUUGGUGUUCGUUGAUAACCACGAUAACCAGCGUCAUGACCACGGGACGAUUCUCUCCUAUAAGUUGCCGAAACCUUACAAAAUGGCGAUUGCCUUCGGAGCAGCAUAUCCGUUCGGUCAACUGCGGAUCAUGAGUUCGUUCGCUUUUGACGACUUUGACCUUGGGCCGCCUAUGGAUGGUAACGGCAACAUCGUGUCACCGUCGAUCAACACCGAUAACAGCUGCGGAAACGGUUGGGUUUGCGAGCAUCGCUGGCGGCAAAUCGCAAAUAUGAUCAAAUUCAGAAAUAUCUGCUGGGGAACGCCGGUAGCUAAUUGGUGGUCUAACGGCGCAAAUAAGAUUGCAUUCUCCCGAGGCAAUCGAGGUUUCGUAGCUUUCAACAAUCAGGGAGUCGAUAUGCUGGAGAUACUGCAAACGGGUCUCGCUGCCGGUAUCUACUGUGAUGUUAUCUCCGGCGAUAAGGUGGGCAAUUCGUGCACGGGUAAAAGCGUUACAGUGCUAACUGAUGGACGGGCUUCGAUUCACAUUGCGCACGAUGCGGAGGAUGGCGUGCUGGCGAUUCAUGUUGAGUCGCGACUGUGAAAUGGGGCGGUGCGUAAUGGUAUGCUGAAAAGUGCACGAACGAACAAUCGUUGUUUGGAAAAUGUAUAGAUAAUUAUUAAGUUUACUGACAUUAAAUUUGUUUGACCGAGG